CAGUUGGUGGCGACUUUGGCGGUUGUUUAGAGAGAGUUGUGUUCGUGUGUUCUCGGUGUAAUGUCUGGGCGUGGUAAGCAAGGAGGCAAGGCUCGUGCCAAGGCCAAGUCGCGCUCUUCCCGUGCAGGCCUGCAGUUCCCGGUGGGCCGAGUUCACCGUCUGCUCCGUAAAGGCAACUAUGCCGAGCGGGUGGGGGCCGGUGCGCCCGUCUACAUGGCGGCGGUGCUCGAGUACCUGACAGCGGAGAUCCUAGAGCUGGCGGGCAACGCGGCCCGGGACAACAAGAAGACGCGCAUCAUCCCCCGUCACCUCCAGCUGGCCAUCCGCAACGACGAAGAGCUGAACAAGUUGCUGGGCAAGGUCACCAUCGCCCAGGGUGGCGUUUUGCCCAACAUCCAGGCCGUGUUGCUUCCGAAGAAGACGGAAAGCCAUCAUAAAGCAAAAGGAAAGUGAGAUUGAUGGCUGGAAACUGCCCGCCCAGCCCCCGUCUUCCGUGGUCAUCCGUAUAAGCCAAAGGCUCUUUUCAGAGCCACCCACUCUUAUCAAGUGAAAAGAG